GGAAAAAGCCAUCCCACUAAAGCAGAGGGACAUCCCCAAGUCCCCAGCCAAAACCAUGUUGCCCAAGCAGGACACCCCAGCAAAAAACAUCCCACCCAAGCAGGGGGACAGUCCCAGUUCCUCAACAAAACCUGUGCUGCCCAAGCUGGGCAACAUCCUUAAGGUGUCAGCAAAAACCAUUCUGCCUAAGUGGAGCAACAUCCCCAAGUCGUCAGAAGAAACUGUGCAGCCCAAAGAAGGUGGCACCCCCAAGUCCUCAGAAGAAGCUAUACAGCCCAUAGAAGGCAAUAUCCCAAAGCUGGCAGAAGAAGCAAUGGAGCUCCUAGAUGUGGACAUGAUAAAAGUGAUCCUGAGCAAGGAGGACUUUGAACUGGCACUCAAGGAGGCUGGGGAGAAGCUGGUGGUUGUGGAUGUCUCAGCCACAUGGUGUGGGCCUUGCGGGACCAUCAAGCCCCUUUUCCGUUCCCUGUCUGUGAAGCAUGAGGAUGUGGUGUUCCUGGAGGUAGACGUGGAUGAUUGCGAGGAGCUGGUGAAAGACCUUGAGAUCAUCUGCAUCCCAACCUUUCAGUUUUAUAAAAAAGAAGAAAAGGUGGGUGAAAUUUGUGGUGCCCUUAAGGAAAAACUUGAAGCAAUCAUUGCAGAAUUAAAGUAA